AGGGCGAGCUCCGGCCGCGGGCAGGACGGGAGCCGGGAGCCGGCAACCGAGGCAGGCAGAGAGGCACAAAGAUCGCAAUAAGAUCCGUUAUAACCAGCCAUCUAGCCCCACCCACAACACACACCCAUCCAUCCCACCUGCCUGGAGAGGCAGCCAGCGGUCCGCUCUCUGCGCCCAGGGGGUUAAAAAAAAAAAAAAGCAAGAAAGAAAAAAGAAAAAGCCCCAACCAUGAGCAAUCAGUACCAGGAGGAGGGCUGCCCCGAGAGGCCCGAGUGCAAAAGUAAAUCUCCAACUUUGCUCUCCUCCUACUGCAUCGACAGCAUCCUGGGCCGGAGGAGCCCGUGCAAGAUGCGGCUGCUGGGAAGCGCACCGAGCCUGCCCGCCCCGCUGGCCAGCCGCGCCGACCAAGAAAAGGUCCUGCAAGGCUCCCCUAAGGGCAGCAGCGCCCCGUUCGAGGCUGAGCUGCACCUGCCGCCCAAGCUGCGGCGCCUGUACGGUCCCGGCGGGGGCCGCCUCCUCCAGGGCGCCGCGGCAGCAGCGGCGGCGGCGGCGGCGGCAGCAGCAGCUGCGGCUACAGCCGGCGCGGGGCCCCGGGGGGAGGCGCCGCCGCCGCCGCCGCCGCCGCCAACCUCGCGGCCCGGGGAGCGGCCGGACGGGGCCGGGGCUGCGGUGGCCUCCGCCGCCUGGGACACGCUCAAGAUCAGCCAGGCGCCGCAGGUGAGCAUCAGCCGCAGCAAGUCGUACCGCGAGAACGGGGCGCCCUUCGUGCCGCCGCCGCCCGCGCUGGACGAGCUCGGUGGCCCGGGGGGCGUCGCGCACCCGGACGAGCGCCUCGGCGCAGCCGGCGGACCCGGCAGCGGCCCAGCGGCCAGUGGCGGCACGGGUGCCGAGGACGAAGAGGAGGAGUUGCUAGAGGAGGAUGAGGAUGAGGACGAGGAAGAGGAGCUGCUGGAGGACGACGAGGAGGAGUUGCUGGAGGACGAUGCCCGCACGCUGCUCAAGGAACCCCGGCGCUGCGCUGUGGCCGCCACCGGGUCAGUGGCCGCCGCAGCCGCCGCAGCCGCUGCAGCCGCCGUGGCCACCGAGGGCGGCGAACUGUCGCCCAAGGAAGAGCUGCUGCUGCACCCGGAGGACACCGAGGGCAAGGACGGCGAGGACAGCGUGUGCCUGUCUGCGGGCAGCGACUCAGAGGAGGGGCUGCUGAAGCGCAAGCAGAGGCGCUAUCGCACCACGUUCACCAGCUACCAGCUGGAGGAACUGGAGCGGGCCUUCCAGAAGACGCACUACCCGGACGUCUUCACCAGGGAGGAACUGGCCAUGAGGCUGGACUUGACGGAGGCCCGAGUCCAGGUCUGGUUCCAGAACCGUCGGGCCAAGUGGCGCAAGCGCGAGAAGGCGGGCGCGCAGACCCACCCACCGGGGCUGCCUUUCCCCGGGCCGCUCUCGGCCACGCACCCGCUCAGCCCGUACCUAGACGCCAGUCCCUUCCCCCCGCACCACCCCGCGCUGGACUCGGCCUGGACGGCCGCCGCUGCCGCCGCCGCCGCAGCCUUCCCGAGCCUGCCUCCGCCGCCGGGCUCAGCCAGCUUGCCGCCCAGCGGGGCGCCGCUGGGCCUGAGCACUUUCCUCGGAGCCGCCGUGUUCCGGCACCCGGCCUUCAUCAGCCCGGCGUUUGGCAGGCUCUUUUCGACCAUGGCGCCCCUGACCAGUGCGUCGACCGCAGCCGCCCUCCUGAGACAGCCCGCACCAGCCGUGGAGGGCGCGGUGGCGUCGGGCGCACUGGCCGACCCGGCCACGGCCGCCGCAGACAGACGCGCCUCCAGCAUAGCCGCGCUCAGGCUCAAGGCCAAGGAGCACGCCGCGCAGCUCACGCAGCUCAACAUCCUGCCGGGCACCAGCACGGGCAAGGAGGUGUGCUAAGGCCUCUCCCCGCCCCUCGCGCCCCCGCGCGCCCAGAAAGGUCACCUCACUCAGCACCACUCAAGACCAAAUGGAAACAGGACCAGCACACUCCCGAGACGGCACUGAGAGCGCGCAGCCGCCUGCGCAGCCGCCUGGACGCGAGCAAGGCAGCCCUCGGUGCAACCGGGUGUGGCACCUCCUCGGCUGGCUGUCCACCGGCUCCUACCCCUACUCCUCCUGCUGCCCCUACCCCUGCCCCGUCACCCUGCCCCAGUCCCAGUCAACCUCGCUCCAACCUGGCUCCAUCCUCUCCAGUUCUUUCCUGAAAAUACAGGGGGGAGCUUUCUCCACAAGACGUCUGGUAUUAAAGUGAAGCAUUUGAAAAGCCCAACCUUUCUUCCUCCCUACACCCCACUUAGCCUUUCUUUUUUCCUUCUUCUUCUCCUACUACGACUUUUUUUUCCCUCUAAGUAGCAUUUUGGCGCUCUAAGUUCAUCUCCCCAGCAUGCGCCCCUGCGUGAAGCCAGGGCUGGGCAGCGAAUGCGAGUCUGGAAGAUAGCUAACAGUGCACUUAAGGCAAGGGACGUCUUGUUCUUCUCUUCUUUAUCAUAUACCAACCAAGGUUUUUAUAUCAAACCAAAGGGAAAUACUCUGCUAGAAUAUGGACUGUUGAAGUCACCAAACUGUGAUUAUUGAUUCUGUACAUACCAUUGUUAUUAAAAAAAAAAAAAGAACAGAGCUUUGUAUAUUUGAAAUGUUAUAACGCAAUUGCACUCAGCGUGGUAUGGUAAAAGUUUGUCCUCCUGUAGAUUCUUACAGUGUUGUAGAUAAGGUAGGGUUCCUAGACAAAUAUUUAUGUACUCAAGCCCUUUAUUUAACUUAUUAACUGUAGAGGCUUCCGAAACCUUCAAGAUAAAGGCAGUGGUACAGUACUUUUGUGUAAUGUGUAAUUGUUAUCACUUUUCCUUGCUAUCUAGUGGAGAAGUGUCACGCUCAAAAUA